AUGGAAAACAUCCCGACCACCAACGAGACCAAGGGUCAGCCCGAAUCCAUGACCAACAAGAUUCUCGAGACCGGAGCUGCCGCGACACAGAACUUUGCUCCACCUAAAAGAGUCUGCGCCCAUCUCAACGCCUUCCAUGCAUAUGCCAAUGACCCUACUCGUUGCGUCGAGACCAACCACUACUGCGCACAUCUGAACGACGGUAUGCCUCCUAUGCCAGUCUUCUGGUCAAAUGCUCGUCUCAUUGGUAUCGAAUACAUGAUCAGUGCCCGCCUCUACGACACUCUGGACCAGGAAGAGCGCAAGUACUGGCACUCGCACGUCUUCGAAGUCAAGUCCGGCAUGCUCCUCAUGCCACGUCCUACCGGUGUCCCUGAGGCCGUGUGGGAAGUCGCAGAGAACAAGGAGAUGGAAGAAGUCGUCACUCUGUACGGCAAGAUAUUCCACCUAUGGCAGACAGACAAGGGUCACAAGCUUCCCCUGGGCGAGCCUCAGCUCAUGACCAGCUACACCGACUAUGAUCAGUUCGACUUCGACCAGAAGGUUGGAGACAGAGACCGAAGAUUUGGCGAAGACCACCGUCACAAGCACGCAGAUGCUGCUUGGAAGGAAGCAGGCACCCAAAACAAGCAGUCUGAGAAGAAUGGCGCCAUGACCCAUCCUUCUGUUAUGCAGGACAGCCACAGUGCUGCUUAG